AUGCGUAACCUGCGGUCCGCCGCCCGCCCCACCUUCCUGUCGGCCAGCCGUGCCAGCCAGCAGCUCUUCCGCGGCAUGAGCAGCAAGGUCCAGGGCCAGGUCAUUGGUAUCGAUCUCGGAACCACCAACUCGUGCGUCGCCGUGAUGGAGGGCAAGGCCACUCGUGUCAUCGAGAACGCCGAGGGAGGCCGCACCACCCCGUCGACCGUCGCCUUCACCAAGGACGGCGAGCUCCUGGUUGGUGUCCCGGCCAAGCGCCAGGCUGUGGUCAACCCCGAGAACACCCUGUUUGCCACCAAGCGCAUGAUCGGCCGCAAGUUCCAGGACAAGGAGAUCCAGCGCGACAUCAAGGAGGUGCCGUUUAAGAUCAUCAGCCACAGCAACGGCGAUGCCUGGGUUGAGGCCCGCGGCAAGUCGUACUCGCCCGCUCAGAUCGGUGCCUUCGUCGUCGGCAAGAUGAAGGAGACCGCCGAGGCCUACCUCGGCAAGCAGGUGAAGAACGCCGUCAUCACUGUUCCCGCCUACUUCAACGACUCGCAGCGCCAGGCCACCAAGGACGCCGGCUCGAUUGCCGGUCUCAAUGUUCUGCGUGUGAUCAACGAGCCCACGGCCGCUGCUCUGGCGUACGGCGUCGACAAGGAGGGCGACAAGCUGGUGGCUGUCUACGAUCUCGGAGGCGGAACCUUCGAUAUCUCGAUCCUCGAGAUCCAGAAGGGCGUGUUCGAGGUCAAGUCGACCAACGGUGACACCCACCUUGGCGGUGAGGACUUUGACAUCCACCUUGUGCGCAAGGUCGUCGAGGACUUCAAGAAGGAGUCGGGCAUCGACCUCAGCAACGACCGCAUGGCCACCCAGCGCAUCCGCGAGGCCUGCGAGAAGGCCAAGAUCGAGCUGUCGUCGACGGUCCAGACCGACAUCAACCUGCCGUUCAUCACCGCCGAUGCCUCGGGCCCCAAGCACAUCAACCUCAAGUUCACCCGCACCCAGUUCGAGACGCUCACCAAGUCCCUGAUCGACCGCACCGUGCAGCCGUGCAAGUCCGCCCUCAAGGACGCCGGCGUCAGCUCGAACCAGAUCGGCGAGGUCAUCCUGGUCGGUGGCAUGUCGCGCAUGCCCAAGGUCCAGGAGACCGUCAAGUCGAUCUUUGGCCGCGAGCCGACCAAGGCCGUCAACCCCGACGAGGCUGUCGCCAUGGGCGCUGCCAUCCAGGGUGGUGUGCUUGCCGGCGAGGUCACCGACAUUCUGCUGCUCGAUGUCACCCCGCUGUCGCUUGGUAUCGAGACCCUCGGUGGCGUGUUCACCCGUCUGAUCAACCGCAACACCACGAUCCCGACCAAGAAGUCGCAGUCGUUCUCGACUGCUGCCGACGGGCAGACCGCUGUUGAGAUCAAGGUCUUCCAGGGCGAGCGCGAGCUGGUCCGCGACAACAAGCUGCUCGGCAACUUCCAGCUGACCGGCCUGCCGCCUGCUCCCAAGGGCGUGCCCCAGAUCGAGGUCACCUUCGACAUCGACGCCGACGGUAUCGUCAACGUGUCGGCCAAGGACAAGGCCACCAACCGCGACCAGUCGAUCACUAUCGCCGCGUCGUCGGGUCUGACUGACGCCGAGAUCGAGGACAUGAUUGCCAACGCCGAGAAGCACGCCGAGGCCGACAAGGAGCGCCGUGAGGUCAUCGAGGCCACCAACUCUGCCGACUCGAUCAUCACCGAUACCGAGAAGAACCUCGAGGAGUUCAAGGAGCAGCUCGACAAGGCCGAGGUCGAGAAGAUCCGCACCCAGCUCGACGAGCUGCGCCAGACCAUCGCCAAGGUCAACUCGGGCGAGGUCGAGCUCAAGGCUGAGGAGAUCAAGGCCCAGGCCGGCAACGUCCAGCAGGCGUCGCUCAAGCUGUUCGAGAUGGUCUACAAGGCCCGCGCCAACCAGGGCGAGCAGAGCUCGUCGUCCGAGUCGUCGUCUGCCAAGGACGCCGACUUCAAGGACGCCGAGAAGAAGUAA